GAAACCCAUAUUUUUGGCGCUGUCUUCUUUAGAGUUUCAUUACAGAACGAACUUAAGCUUGCUUGUAUAUAUACACAUACACACAAUACAUACAUGCUGUGUCUGAAAGCCUUUCUUCUUAACCAUUUCAAUGGAGCUUUUAACAAACACUCAUUGCUCUCUUAACACCUACAAAUUUCCACCACCAAUUUCAAGAAACAUGAUAUCUCAUCAUUUCAGCACCAGAUUGAACUUGCCCACGAUAACCCCAUCAAAAUCUUUCCAGCCAAUCUCCCUAAUUAGCUGCUCUGGCCUAAUUUGCACACCAAGUGUUCGACAAAAGUCCCCAGUGAGCCAAGAAAAUGAGAAAUUGUUGUCGAGUGAGGCAAAAGUAGAGAACUUUAAAGGGUUGGGGAAAUGGGGUGUUUUGUUUGCUGUGUUGGGUUAUAAUGUGAUUAAAUGUCGGAAAGCUUUGGCUGCGGAAGGGUUGGUAGCUAGUACUGGGAUGUAUUUUAAGAGUAAUUGGCCCAAGAUUUUGCAGGUUUUGGGUGUUUUUAAAGAACAAGGUUUGAUCUUGGCUGUGCUUUUGGGCUUAUCGGCUUUUUUCUCUAUGGCUGAGACGUCGAUCACUACACUCUGGCCUUGGAAGGUGCACGAGCUGGCAGAAAAAGAGCCAGAGGAUGGUGUAUUUAGAAUGCUUCGUAGUGAUGUCACUCGCUUCCUGACAACCAUUCUUAUUGGCACCACUGUUGUUAAUAUUGGUGCUACAGCUCUUGUCACAGAGGCAGCAACAAAACUUUUCGGGGAGGCUGGUAUUACCGCAGCAACCGGUGUCAUGACGGUAGCUAUAUUGCUCUUAACUGAAAUUACCCCAAAAAGUGUUGCUGUGCACCAUGCUACAGAAGUUGCUCGAGUUGUGGUAAAACCAGUUGCCUGGCUUUCUCUUGUGUUGUAUCCUGUUGGAAGGAUAGUAACAUUUCUAUCGAUGGGGAUGCUUAAGUUGCUUGGUUUAAAAGCAAUAAGCGAACCAUAUGUCACUGAAGAUGAACUGAAAUUGAUGUUAAGAGUUGCUGAGUCAAGUGGCGCAAUAGAGGAAGAAGAACAGGAUAUGAUUGAAAACGUGUUGGAGAUAAAAGAUACACACGUUAGGGAGGUGAUGACCCCCCUUAUAGAUGUACUUGCUAUUGAUUCAGAUGCUACACUCUUAGAUUUCCACCAGUUCUGGGUGACUCAUCCAUACUCCAGAGUACCAGUAUUUGAACAGCGUAUUGACAACAUUGUGGGCAUUGCUUUUGCAAUGGAUCUACUAGAUUAUCUGCAGAAGGGAGAAGUACUUGAAAGUACAACUGCGGGAGAUAUUGCACACAAACCAGCAUAUUUUGUUCCUGAUUCAAUGUCGGUCUGGAAUCUACUUAGGGAGUUCCGCAUCCGGAAGGUCCACAUGGCUGUAGUCCUUAACGAAUACGGAGGAACUGUGGGAAUAGUUACUCUGGAAGAUAUUGUUGAGGAAAUUGUUGGUGAAAUAUUUGAUGAGAAUGAUACAAAGGAGGAAAUUCUGAAGAAAACUGGCUAUGUCGUAAUGCGAGCUGAAGGGGUGUUUGAUGUUGAUGCAAAUACAUCAAUUGACCAAUUUUCAGAGGAUCUUGAUAUCGUUUUACCUGAGGCACAUCAAUAUGAGACGGUAUCAGGUUUUAUAUGCGAAGCAUUUGGAUAUAUCCCCAAAACGGGUGAUAGUAUCAACAUAGAGCUUGAAAAGGCAAAAAGAGAGAAGAAUAGUGAUUACAGUGAAGAAGAAAGUGAACUUCAUGAUGAGAAGAUUACACAUCAAGCAUUCAAACUUGAGAUAUUAGCAGGUAAUUGUAGAAAGGUUAAGGCUGUUCGAUUUACAUGGAUAAAUCAUGGUUCAACUACAGAGACCAAAGAGAUUACUCGCAUGAUCCCCAGAAUAUGGAAGCGGAAAUGGAGAGAUAACGAAGAGUCAGGCCAGAGUGAUGAUGAUGCUUAUAACGAGGAGACACCAAAUGGUGCCUUUCCAGAAGACACUGUAAAUGUUGAGGAUGAAGUUAAGGAAAAUAUAUAUAAACAAUAGUUUUUUCCAUUCGUUUUUCUUUCUUCUUACAGCAAUUAAAAGAGAAAACAAAAGGCUAAGUAGAUAACUGAAACAUAAAUUAGACUGUCCGUCUACAGAUGAAGAGAGGUAUCCACUUCAGAUUUUUCAAAUGCAUAUGACCGGCUAACUGUUGGUGCUGUGCCAGUUGACCAUAAUUUUGUAGAGUGUGAUGCAUUAAUGGAUUGAGAGUUAACAUAUCUGCUGUAUAUAUCAAGUCCAAGAGAGAGAGAAUCUUGAUAGGGUGGUCUAGAUGGAAAAACUGUACUGUUUUGAAGAGACUCUCGUAAAGGCUCAGAAGACAUAGCUGGCAUACUCUGUUCAUAUUCCGGGAACACCCUUAAUUCCCGUUUUUCUCUCUUCUCCUUCAUCUUUUGCAGCUGUCUGAAUCUUUCUUGUAGGAGCGCAAUCGAGGAACUGGCGGCAGCUGGAUCACCACUUUGCCUUCCCAUUUAUGACAGAAGCUGUAAACUGUAAAGUUGUAGACACGGCUGAGUGCUGCAGAAUUCACAGGGAGUCCUCGAGUGGUUGGUAAUACUUUUUUAGCUUUUCAGAAGUUUGAUGAGCUACCACAAGUUUAUGUGUUUAUAUAGGGGAAGAAUGUGAUACUUUUAGAUACAAAUAUUCAACCUUCUAGGUGAUACAGUAGCAGGAGAAUCUGCCACCGCUGAACUAAAUCCAAGAAGAUAGGUUGCCCUGCUAGCAUCAGUUAGGCAGAGUUGUUGUACAUGGAAGAAUAGGGACUUUUUCUAAGGAGAGGGGAAGGACGAGUAUGUCCAAAACCAGUGGAGAGUAGCAUUUGGAGUAUUGUGCUCCUGGGAAUAAGUGGCUAGGUGAUUCUCUGUUAACUUGUCCUUUUGACUCCUAUAUGCUUAGAAAAUGAUGGAUUAUAAUGCUUAUUUGUUUCAAAUUUUUAUUUGA